GACAGAGACAUGUGAGAGAUGUGUUAUUUUGUUUUGUUGAAUGUUAUGAGAAUACAGCAGUUGCGUUUUUCUGUUACGAAAGCCCCCAUGUGGGUGAGUGACCUCCACAGAGCCGAAAGAUGCACGCGGUAACCCAGUGUUCACGGCUUUCCUCCCAAAUUAUCCGUUUAGGACGGUCUUUCUCAAGAUCUUCCCUCCACAGAUGCAGCCUGAGACCACAGCAGCAGAGGAGAUUACUACACGUUACCAGGACGACAUGCACGUCAACAACAGAACCACUAGCACCGCCCUUAGCUGAUGGAGAAACAAAGGAGAUCCCGCCCAAAAUCCAGAAAAUAGUAGACGACAUAGCAACCCUCACCCUCUUGGAAGUGUCUGAGCUUAAUGCCUUACUUAAAAAAACGUUCAACAUUGCGGACACACCCAUGAUGCCAAUGGGAGGUUUUGCAGCACCAGCUCCUAAGGAGGAAGAAGAAGAGGCAGCUGCAGAAGUUAAGGUGGAACAGACGGAGUUCACGGUCAAACUGGUGAAGUUUGACGAUGCCAGCAAAGUCAAACUUAUCAAGGAAAUCAAGACACACAAGGAGGGCAUGAAUCUUGUGCAGGCCAAGAAGUUUGUGGAGGCGACGACUACAGGACCUCAGGUAGUGAAGGAAGGCAUCGCCAAGGAGGAGGCAGAGACUAUAAAGGCAGCCCUGGAACCUCUGGGGGCAGUUGUACAGAUUGACUAGUCUUAGGAACAAUUUUUGAGUAUAGAGUACUUCAGGCAAAACAGUUUUCUGACAUAUGGGAGCCUGUGUUGUUCAUUUUUGUUGUCAAAAUCACAUCAUAACAUUCAGGUUUUUAGAUGGAUGGGGGAAAUUGUCAGAAAUUUAGAUGGACAGGUCCCGGAGAUAGACCUAAUACAGACACACAAAAUCAGUAUGUUGCUUGACAGUUAUGUAAGAAGAGGCAAAGAAAAAUAGUUUUUCCACUUCAAUCUGUGAUUGGUAUAAUAAUAUUAUGUAACCAGUUUGCUUGACCAUACUUGUCUCGCUAAUUAAUUAGCUUAAUAACAUUUCCAUUGUUGCUUUUUUGCAAAUAGUAUAAGGCCGCCAAAGAAGUCAAGGAGAGGUGUUAUAAUGUGAUGUAAAAUAGAGAAAGACGUACAAACAGUACCCUAUCUGAGGCAGAAGCUUUAUAAGGUACAAUGUAGACAGUUAUCUGACUUAU